AUGAGCUCGUCCGAGAUCCUCGCCUCGCACCGCCACUUGGGAGCGAGUGUACCGGUCACCCAACUCUUUACGAGGAAGGAACUCGUCGGAAAGGGAGCUUAUGGCGGCGUAUACAAGGUAUGUGCGACGCGAUGCUGCGCUCGUUGCUGUGUCCGUUCAUCACCCGACGCGGUCUUUGCACACAGGGUAUUCACAAUGCGACAGGAUUGGUCGUCGCUCUCAAGGUCAGUCAAAGCAGAGCUCAUACACCUCCUUCCGGCUGCGCCAACGUCUCUUCCCUUCACGCUUGCUGCCUGCUGCUGCUGCAGGUCAUCGACCUCGACACGCCGGACGACGACAUCUCGGAGAUCCAGAAGGAGGUCGCGCUCCUGUCCGAGAUGCGCGAUGCCAACAAGCACAACAUCACACUCUACCAUGGAUGUUACCUCCAAGGCCACGAGCUGUGGAUCGCCAUGGACUUUGCUUCCGGCGGGAGUAUACGAACGCUGGCAAGUUCACUCGUUCGUGUUCCCUACAUUCCCAGCGUGACUGACCGACCUGUUGGCCUAUACCCCCACAGAUGAAAUCGGGCUCGAUAGAAGAAAAGUAUAUCGUACUCAUCCUACGCGAGGUCCUUGUCGCGCUGUCCUUCUUGCACCGACAAGCCAUCAUCCAUCGAGACGUCAAAGGUCAGUCAGCGGCCCCACAUCCCCUCCUUGUCUUGGCGAUCCGGUCUGACCGAGACCGCCUCCACCCACUCCUCCCACACAGCCGCCAACAUCCUUCUCACCCAAGCGGGCAAGAUCCUAUUGUGCGACUUUGGUGUCGCCGCGCAUCUGCAGACCAACAACAAGCGCUCGACCUUUAUCGGCACCCCGCUGUGGAUGGCCCCCGAAGUCAUCACCGAUGGCAAGAUGUACGACACCAAAGCCGACAUUUGGUCCCUCGGCGUCACCUUGUACGAGAUCGCCACGGGGAAUCCACCUUAUUUCGGCAUGGAACCCAUGCGGGCUUGUGCUAUCAUUCCGAGAACAGCACCGGCAAAACUCGAGGGUGGUACUUGGUCCGUUAUGAUGCGCGAGUUUCUCGCUUUUUGCUUGCAGAUCGAUCCCACAACCGUGAGUAGUGCAAUAGAACCGAACGGUCACACUGGGUGGACUUCUGACGAAUGUAAUGUCUUGUAGCGACCGACGGCCGACGAGCUAUCCCGAACGAAAUGGAUCAAAUCCGGCGCCAAACUGCCCAUGUCCUUGCUGCGAGAGUUGAUCGUGCGCUACGUCUCUUGGAUCCAGACCGGUGGUCAGCGGGCGAGUUUGGCGGGGUUGGACAGUAUCGCACGCGAGGACACGUUUGAGAUCGAAGAGGACAAGUGGGACUUUGAUGGCGAGGCAAGUUCGAUCGUUCAGCAGACAGAGUGGACCAUCUGCUGACCGGCCUUUCAUAACACCGCACGCACAGGAAGAGGAAAUGAUUGAACCGCUCGGCGAUGAGCCGCCACGCUCACUCGAUGCCCAAGCCGCCAUCAGCCAGAUCCGACCUCCCAAAGCUCCGCUCGUCGCUCGCAACCACCCGCUGCUAAGGCUCUUCGACGAAGAGUCCAACCCCUACGCGCAACCCACCGCGCCGACGACGAUCAACCUCCCGAGCGGAAGUUCCCUCGACACGGUCCGGCCCACAAUCUCGAUCCCGUCCUUUGACGAGAUGGAUGACAUGUUCGCCUCUUCUGCCCCCGUCAAGUUUGGCGGAGCCUCGGCGGCCGAUGAGCUCAUGUCACCGGCUGGAUCGAGUCCCUUCUCUUGGGCGAACCAGCCUUCCUCUCUACCCUUUGCUCCAUCGGCUCCUCGCUUUGGCGCGAGUGCGUCCGAGGAGGACUCGGAUGGGCCCUGGGACAAUACUACACCCACCGAGUCAACCUUCCCUACGAUCCUCGUGCCCCCACCGAGCUCGUCUGCCGUAUCGUACCCCGUCACAGCAUCGCCUUCGCUCCCCACCGUCGCGCUCGACCGGCAGUUGCAAUCGACAACUCGCCGACGGGCCGACACGGCCCCAUCAUUCGACUACCCUCCGCUAGGCCCCGGCAUCCCCUCUUCUUCUUCCGGGUCAACUUCGACAUUUACCGGUCGAUCGACCUCCACCUCCGGCCACUCUGCAACGACCUCCAUCUCUUCCGUCUCUGCGUCAAUGUCCUCGAGCGCCGAUUCAUCCUUGCCCUCCCUUACCAUGGCCUCUCCACGAUCAGCCCCCAAGUCACCACAACGAUCUCGAGCGGGUACAACGGCGGGUGCACCGACGGGGGAAUUGCGACGUGGUUUCGUCUUUGGUGGAAUUGGUCGAGCAAGGCGUGCGUCUGAUGCUCUUUCGUCGAGAAGUGGAAGUGGUGGAACCCAAGGUGCUCCAAAUGCGUCGUUCAAUUCGAUGCUGCAAUCGAAUGGGCAUGGUCGAUCGGAGUCGGGCUCAGGGUCGGGUGAAUCGUCGGCCUACCCCAGGCCGAGGUUGUUAUCGACGUCUUCGAUGGUCGAUAGUCCUUUCGACUUCCCGACUCCUCUCGCGACAACGAACAUCAACGGGAUGCACGAGUUCCCUUUUCCCAGUUUGGAAGACGACGAGGCUGAAGGUGCUGCGGGGGGUGUAGAAACCGAACAAGCUCUCGAUGUCGACGACGAAGAUGACCAAGAUGAUUUAUACGACGACGACGAAGAAGCCGACGUCGACCUUGGCUCGGACGAGAUCUGGGCAUUCGAAGGACUCGAAUUGAAGCCGUUGGAUUACCUUAAAUUAAGGACCCAGGGGGAGAUCAAGCAAGGUCUGGAGGAGACCUUGGCGGGUUUAGGGGAGUGGCUCAAGAUUGUUGAAGUGGGGUUGGAGAGGAUCUUGGGGGAUCAGAAUGAGCAGCCUGUGGGGGAUUGGGGGAGGACUCUGCAGCAGCAGCAGCAGGACGAAGAACAUGUGAUAUGA